CUCAGUUCUUGAUUGUGUUUCCCCACAGCGAAACGUUUAUUUUUUUCCUGACCUAAGGCCUGGGGCUGGUGGUCUCCCCCUGGGAACUAAACCGCAGGCACUGGGUAGCCUUUGGGUUUGGCAAAUUGUUUUCCUUCCUAGGGGGUCCCUUUUAUGCUCAGGAGGACCUCACCAUGUGAGAUGAAGAAACCCCCCUGAGUACUGGAGUCUCCUGGGGAUAGGUGGCUAUCCUGGAGCUCCAGGGGCGAAUCCACUCUCUCCCUGAGCUUUCCCCUUACCUUGGAGGUUUGAGGGUCACGCUCUCUCCGGUGAUGGGGGUCUUUCUGUGCGGCUGGGGCUGUAACUGGGCCGUCCUGGAGGCAUCAUUGCCGUUUUUUCGAAAUUCGGCGCCAAAUCCGGCGUCCCUCAGAGCCGGCGGCGCAGGGCGAUGACGUCACGCGUACGCGUGUCACUUCCGGGUCGGCUCAAGUGAAAGAUGGCGCGCUCCAGCACCAGCACGCCAGUCUCGGCUUCCCCACAGCACCGGAGACACCCGUGUACACACGGCAGCAGCCAAGAGAGAGCGGCGCCUUCAUCCUCACGCGAUGGAGCGAGAGGUUCGGUCUGCUAUGGCCCUGGCUGCGGAGGAGGCCACAGGGGGGGAGGAAUGUGUUGCCCAGGGGGGUGCUAGUCGAUCGGCUAAGGACACUAGUCGCUCCAAAAAAUGUGGCUACUGUAGUGGCAAGCUACCCUCAGAUUAUUCCAAACCCUUUUGUGCCAAAUGCAUUGUUAAAUUAGCAGGGAAGGAGACCUCUGAAAUUCUUAAAGGGUUUCUAGAGGUCCAAUCUGAGAUGCUCUCUACACUCAAAGAAUUCAAGGGGUCUUUAAAGAGCAAAGAACCUGAACCCCCUAUCGCAGGGCCCUCCUCGCAAGAGAGUUCCUCUUCACAGGUUUUUAGAGUCCGUCAGGAAUCCCACGGUUCCUUAGUGUCGGACUCUGAGGACUCAGAGAUUCCUCCUCAGGAGGAUGGCUCUGUUGGCCAGGCAGAGGAAGAAGACGAGGAUGCUAGGGCAGGCAGAUAUGUCUUUGCUGCUGACGAUAUGGAAGGCCUCCUAGAGGCAGUGUACGCCUCUGAGGAGAUUCCUCAGCCUGCGGAAAUAAUUUCUACACAGGAUAGGUUAUACCAGGGCCUGCUUAAACCUCAGGCCAAAGCAAUUCCGGUACACCAGUCCCUGAAGGAUAUCAUCCUUAGGGAAUGGGCAGAGCCAGAGAAAAAGCUUUUAAGGUACAAGACCUGGAAAAGACGUUGCCCCUUUAAGGAGGAGGAGGAAUCAAGAUUUUUCAAAGUUCCUAGAUUAGACGCUCCACUCGCGCAAGUUUCCAAGCAGUCGGACCUCUCCUUCGAGGACACAGGCAAUUUGAGGGAUCCUAUGGAUCGGCGGGCAGAGACCUCCUUGCGUAGGGCCUGGGAAGCUAACGCGGCUGCCUUGAGCCCCGCCUUGGCUUCGGCCUGUGUUGCUAGGAAUGCUAAUUCCUGGAUCUCAAAAUUGCUGGAACAUGUGUCCCAGGGGUCAGAUUCUAAGGAAAUAUUAGAAUCCCUUCAGCUCAUAGGGAGCGCAGUAGCCUAUCUAGCGGACGCCUCUGUAGAAACAGUCCGUUCUACCGCAAAGACGGGAGCCCUCCUCAAUUCUGCCAGAAGGGCAGUGUGGGUCAAAAUGUGGAACGGGGACCUGGCGUCUAAAAACCGCCUUUGUGGUCUUCCCUUCGAGGGCUCCCUGCUCUUCGGUUCAGGCCUGGACCAGGCCCUGACCAGAUCCUCAGAAAAAGGGGUACGUUUCCCUACCAAGCCUAGACAAAACAAGAAAAGAUUUUUUCGAGGCCCCCAGGGUGGAUUUGGAGGUAAGAACCGUCCCUCAGAAAAGAAGCCCCCUUACAACAGACGUUGGGGUGCUGGGAAGGAAAAGCAAAAGGGAGGUAUCCUCUUUUCCAAUCCCAAACCCAGCGACAAAGACGCCAAAUGACGUGAAGGUCGGGGGAAGACUCUCCCAGUUCCUUCCCAGGUGGGAGAGUAUUGCUCAA